AUGGAAGGCUCCACCGGCGGUUUCCGUGUCGUGUCCAGACGUGCGGUCCGGCCAGAGUCGGCAAGCUCGCCGGACGUCGUGCCGUCGGAGGCGCCCCGGAUCAUGCAGCUGACGCCGUGGGAUCUCCAGUACAUUUCGGUGCACUACAUCCAGAUGGGUGUCCUUCUGCCCAAGAAGAUCCAGGCAACAGCAGGAAGCAGCGCACUCGCCGACGAACUCGCCUCGUCGUUCGCGCGUGCCCUGGGCCGCUUCUACCCUCUGGCCGGCCGCUUCGUCGUCACGGAGAUGUCCGGUGCGUGUCUCACCGUGUCGCUUUGCAGCAACAACGACGGGGCCGAGUUCGUACACGCGGUGGCGCCAGAGGUUUCUGUGAGCGACGUCACCACCCCGCGCUACUUCCCGCCGGUUCUGCGGUCCUUCUUCCCGUGGAACGGGAUGCUGUGUGGCGACGCGAUGCUGGAGCCCCGCCCUGUCGUGGCCGCACAGGUCGCCGAGCUCGCCGACGGCAUGUUCGUCGCCUUGUCGCUCAACCACGCCGCCGCCGACGGCACCACGUUCUGGCACCUGUUCAACACCUGGUCAGAGAUCCACCGCAGCGGUGGCCACGGCUGCGAGCUGUCCAUGCCGCCGCCGGUGCUCGGCAGAUGGUUCCCCGACACAUGCCCCGUACCGGUCACUCUGCCCUUCAGGAACGUGGAGGACAUCGUCCGGCGCGUCGAGGUCCCGCCACACUACAUGGGCAGCGCCGUGGCGCGUGGCGUGGCCAAGUGCACCGUCGCCCAUGUCCUGCGGGACAAAGGGCUGGGCUGUGAGGCGUGGCUGCUCACCCAGGUCGUGGCGUCCUUCGACGAGGCCAAGAUGAGGGACGCGCUCGCGUCCUGGCAUCAGAAGCCACACAUCCUGUACCCGGAGGCGUCCGGCGACGGCGAUCGCGAUCCUGCAGAUAUCGUGGUUGCGUCCUCGACGCGGUUCGACGUCUAUGGCAACUCUCCGGAAGCGCUCGCCAGGUUGACUGUGGACAGGGAAUUCAUGGAGGUAGUGGACAUGGCGUGA